GGAGUAAUUAAAUAUAAAAAAAUUUUAUUUUCUGCUGCCACUUAAUUUUAAUUCUUAAGAAGGGUACAAAAAAUACCACAGUUUACGUUAUUUAAGUGGCAUUGAAGAUCAUAUUUCAUAGAAAAAGAUCUAUGUACAGAGAGUGUGCGAACACUGCCGUCACCAAGCGCAUAUGUAUACAUUCCAAAUGGCUCGACUCAAAAAAAUAUUACUACUAUAAAGUUCUUAAAAGUAACAGUUCUUAAAGUAACACAGUCAUAUCAUUAAAAAUGCACCACAAUCAGCGACGCAAUGAUUUCACUGGAUUGGGGGCGGCUAGCGGAGCAGUUCCCGGAACUGGAAUGGGAACCAUGACCGUUGGUAAUAAUUGUGCCGCUGUAGGACGUAGAAAAUCGGUGAACUAUCAGGCACAGCUAACGCUCAAAUCGAAUGGAGAUGAGUCAAUAAUAGCAACAGCCGGUCGAUUCAGUCCGCAUCCGAAUGAGAUAUGCUUGGCACAGUCUAGUAAACUUACUAUACCAUUGACCAAAUUUGAUGAUACGCUAAUCAAUGGCAGUUUGCCGCCACCAUCACCGGCUCCGCAUAGCGAUUGCAUGCCGACAAGUCACAGUCAAAGUCAAUCGAGUUUCCAUAGCAAAAUCGGUCAUUGCAACAGCAAUGCAGCCAAUCCAAUGCAACAGCUAAAUCUAAAUCAUUUCCAACACCACUCCCAUCACGCCUCGCAAUGCUAUCCGCUUUCAUUAUCGAACUCCACUUCAUCACUUUGUACAAAUAAUUCCAUAAUAAGCAUGCAGCCAGACAAUUCAGCGAAUAUACAUCAUAAGCAGGUCGACAAAUAUGGCAUUCAGCAGCAUUCAACUACUCCACGUGCCAUGUCCCCCAAUUCAAAAUAUCGCUUUCGAGAUUCAUCACAAAAAUUGAAAUUAAUGGAAACAAUAAAUUUAUCAACGGUUGCAACUGCAGCGUCUUCAACUCCAAUUCAAACUCCGGCUCCACCUCCAGCUUCGGUUUCCACUUCGACUUCUGCCUCGGCUACGGCUUCAUCAUGUGGGCGCUAUUUUAUAACACCAAAGCAAGUAAUGCAAUGCGAUGCAUAUGGUGGCUAUUUAGGAUCAACUGUACAUACGCCAGUGAAACGUUAUGUACCAACUCCACCUCCAGCUAGUGAUGUAUACUCAGACUUGGCAGCAACGCCACCCUUGCCAUCGUUGCCAUCACAGUAUGUGAACUUACCAUAUAGUUAUCGAGCCAAGUGCUGUCACAGUGAAUACCAUCAAAAUGAAACUAGUCAGACCCAAGCCAGUUACUCGAAAAGCGCUCAGAUCUACAAUAUGGCGUUGGGAUCAUCAUUAUCGGCGACGAGCUGUCCAUGCCCGUCUUCAUCGCCAGUCUCAUCCACAUCGUUUCCAAUACCGGCAGCUACAGCGAACACCUGCUCACCGAUUGUUGGCUCUAAUACAAAGAGUGUUGGAACAUGCAGCAAAUUUCGAUCCACAGCAACCGAUUCACGUUCUACGAUCCGCAGCAAUUCGGAUGAGAGCGAAGGCGUUUUAGCCUUACAGUCGGUCAUAGCUCAGAACGAUUCCCAGCGCCAAGGCUUAAGUCAGAGUCAGGAACAAGAUACUGCCGGCACCUGUUUACAUUGCAAUACAGCGCGCCGCACAACGGGUGUGCAUCAGACAACCCAAACAACUGGCCCAAUUAGCCCCGUACCGGUGGGACUUCCCGUGCCAUUGGAUCUGGGUAAGCUAAAACAGCAUGAACACGAAAUGUUAUUGGCCACGCAGGGCAAUGCCAUUGCGUUAGAGGCAAAUUCUUCCGAUAUAUAUGCCACGCCGCAUUCCCAGCAACAGUUGAAGAUCAGCGAAAACUUUCAGCGUCAAAUGCAGCAGCCGCAGGAAACUUACCCGGCUUCUCAAAUUGCUACUGCUCAUCAUUUGCAGCAGUUGCAGCAUUCACAGCAGCAAUCGGUCCCCAUACAACAACAACAGCAACAACAACAGCUACAGCAGUUAAUUCAUCGGCAUUCGUGCAAGAAACGUAUAAUAAUUUAUUUAAGACGAGAAAUUUCGCGUUUCUUUGGUGUGGAAGCCAGUACCGAAGCAGCUGACUUUGCGCUCUGGUAUGGACGCCAUCGACGUCUAGCAAUUAGACGCUUUGGGCCAUUGAACAGCAAUACCGAGCUCGAAUAUAAUAUGGACAAUGGACCUGAUGGACCCACAAUUGAAGCAAAUGUCAAUAGCAAUAGUACUAACAGCUACUGUGCAAGCGAUCGUCCCGACAUAUUGCCAGUUCAAGAUUCGCAGCAUGUGGAUUUAUCGGUUGGUCCAUGCAGAUGGCGAAAAUGUUAUGCAAGCAAGGAUUUUAAUUCCAAUGAAUUUGUGGAGCGUAAAGCUUCAGUGGCACACAUGUUGAUGACGGGUGUUAGUUAUCUAAUAAACGUAUUCCACUUACCAUCUAAAAAUGUUGGACAUGACAUCAACAUUAACCUGCGACGUCACCGUCAAUGGUCACGCAGUUUUGCUCCAAUCCAUGUGCAUGACAGAGAACUGGACAUGGAUACGGUCGGAGAUUGCAACAUUGGCAUUGCCGAUAGCUUAGCUGCAUUGCUCGAGGAAGAGGUAUUCUUCGAUAAUCCGUGUGAGAAUGCAAAGUCUCCAGUUAACGAGGAGAACACUGAUCUAAUACAAGUCAACAAACAGGGUGGGGUCGGCGUUGGAGUUGGUGUCGAGGGCAGUGUUGGUGUUUAUAUGGCAGAGCGACAUCAUAACGGUUGGCGCACCUCGGCUCUGAAUGGUAAUGGAAAUGUAAAUGAUCUUCAUUUAAUACCCGAUCCACAGGGGAACCACAUGUCUCUCGGCGCCAGGAACAUCAGCAGCAAUCAUGUUCCAUCUGUGUUGCGUGCCAAUUUAACAUCACCAUCAGCAACAAAUCGUGGGAAUCGAAUCACUGCCCAACUACUUGAUGGAGUUUUAGAGAACUCGCGGCGCCCGCAGAGGCAACACAUCAAAUACUUUUCGAUCAAUGAUUUAGAUGAUCGUUGCGAUCAUCGACCCUUCUUUACAUACUGGAUAAAUACGGUGCAUAUUGUUGUGCUCUUUCUAUCGAUUGUUUGUUAUGGCAUCGCACCGAUCGGCUUUGGCACCGAACAAAAAACCGGACAGGUACUCGUCACUAGCUUAAGCCUACAGACCGUGCAGCACAUCGAACAGCGAAAUCUUUGGAUAGGUCCUCGUAACAAUGAUCUCGUCCACAUGGGCGCCAAAUUUGCGGCCUGUAUGCGGCGAGAUGUCAAGGUCAUGGAGGUGGUAACAAAGACCCGGAGGCAGGAGCGUGAAACGGCUUGUUGUAUACGGAAUGAUGAUUCCGGCUGCGUGCAGAGCUCACAGGCGGACUGCUCUAUACGGGGUCUUUAUCCAACAAAAUCUAUAUCGACAUGGAAAAAAUGGUCACCUGGCGAAUCAGGCCCAGGAGGAAGGAUAUCGGGUUCGGUGUGUGGCCUUGAUCCAAAAUUCUGCGAUGCACCCGCGUCGAUUGCUCCAUAUGAAUGGCCCGAUGACAUAACCAAAUGGCCAAUCUGCCGGAAAACUAAUUCAUUUUCUCAGCGCUAUCGCUAUAAGGAUCACACGGCGGAGCACAUGAUCUGUGAAGUGAUCGGACAUCCCUGCUGUACCGGAGUCUAUGGUGAAUGUAGGAUAACUACACGAGAAUAUUGUGAUUUUGUUAACGGAUAUUUUCAUGAAGAAGCUUCUCUCUGUUCACAAAUAUCGUGCCUAAAUAACGUUUGUGGCAUGUUUCCAUUUAUCGCCGUGGAAAUACCAGAUCAAAUAUAUAGACUUCUGACAUCGCUUUGCAUGCAUGCUGGUAUUUUGCACUUAGCAAUUACGCUUAUAUUUCAGUAUUUAUUUCUUGCUGACUUGGAGAGAUUGAUUGGGACUUUGCGGACAGCUGUUGUUUACAUAAUGUCUGGCUUGGCUGGAAAUCUAACCAGCGCAGUUCUAGUACCGCAUAGACCUGAGGUAGGACCCGCAGCGUCUCUCUGUGGGGUACUAUCCUCGCUGGUUGCAUUACUAAUAUGGAUGCACUGGAAGCAUUUGCACAAGCCAUACAUAGCUUUAUUUAAGAUAUUGCUAUUGACUACAGUUCUUUUCGGAAUUGGUACACUACCUUACCAACUGAACUUUGCUGGUCUGCUUGCCGGGGUUGCAUGUGGUACAUUUCUAACAAUUUCGUUGGUACCAUUUACUUCCUUCACCAAGUAUGGACGCAGGAAAAAGAUAAAUCUUAUUUGGACAUGCAUUCUGUUUCACUUGUUUGUGUAUGCGACAUUGAUAACCACUUUUUACAUUUACCCCAGCGAAUUUAACACGUUUAGCUUUGUGGAUGAUAUAUUCGGGAGUAAUAAUGGCAAUAAAUACAUUAGUCCCACAAACAGUAAUAUUGGCCUGCACUAUGGCGAGGUAAGCAGCACCACCCGCAGAUACUCCCAGACACAAAAGUCACAAUAUUAUUAUCACCAUCACUCGGAAGACAUAAUAAGGAAUAGCAUGGCAUUUACAGAAGGAAAUACGAAAUCGCACAUCUCUACUGAAACGGAAACACAACGGCAAAAAAAUGUUGAUCUCUGGCAGGAUGGACUUUACACCCGUUCAUUUCGUUACGAUUCAAACUAUAGCGAUCGUAUAUAUAACAAUAUAGAAUCGAAUCUAUUGUCAGACACCAAUCUAUUUAGUCACAAGACACCAAAUUCGAUUCCCACAUCUUCGGGUAGAAACAAAAACAGUUCUCGAAUUAUGGAGGAGGCGUCGCAACCCAAUACCAAUACUAAAAAUAUCGAAAAUACGAAUGAUACAAAUUUUAAGGGCCUAUAAAUUUUCCAUACUAAUUAAAAUACCCCAUUUAUUUCAAGCAAACACAAUAAAUAUGUGCACAAAAUAUUAUACAAUGUACAUAAAUAUAUAUACAGAAUACAUAUA